UCUCUCUGUUGCGUCUUCAUUUGAUUCUUUACCUGACAUUCAACACACAACUGCCAUUCUUCUGAGAACCCUUUACAAUUGUUUAUUUGGUGUUCCUUUCUUGGUCGCUUCAUUGGGUGUAUAUAAGGAAUUCCAUCAAUUUUCCCAAGCUUUUCUUCCUUGGCACUUUGGGUUUUCCUUGUAUGCGAAACCCUUGUUUGUGAGCUUGGGAUAGAUAACUAGGAAAGUUCUGCAGCUUCUGGCAAUUGACGGAAUUUGUUUUUAAUUGACUCUAUGAUCGGGAAAAUUACCUGCAUUUGCAUGUCCAUUUUGAGCAUAGCAAUUUGAACUUCUGGUUCUCCUGUCAAUCGCCUCAGGACUGGCCGUGAUGGUGGAAUCCGAGGAUCCCAAUCGUGGGGCUGAUGAAACUUCCCCUGACUUGCUGAAAAACACGCCUUCUAAUAUUGCGAGAUUGGAGGAUGUGAUCGAGCAUUCUAAAGCAAGGCAGAAGUAUCUUGCGCAGACCAGGAGCCCAUCUGAUGGGGGCGAUGUUAGGUGGUACUUUUGUAAGGUCCCAUUGGCGGAUAAUGUGUUGUCUGCCUCAGUCCCUUCCACGGAAAUAGUGGGAAAGAGUGAUUAUUUUCGUUUUGGCAUGAGAGAUUCUUUGGCAAUUGAAGCAUCUUUUUUGCAGAGAGAGGAAGAAUUGCUUUCAAGUUGGUGGAGAGAAUAUGCAGAAUGCAGUAUUGGUCCAAGAGAAAGACAAAGUACUGAUAGCAAAAUAGAUAAACAUGGUCAUGGAUCUUCUAAGGGGAGUACUUGGCCAUCAGAAUUAUAUGAGAUUGAGGAAGAGAGAGUUGGUGUUCCUGUAAAAGGGGGACUAUAUGAGGUAGAUUUAAUAAAACGACAUUGUUUCCCUGUGUAUUGGAAUGGAGAAAAUCGACGUGUUCUAAGAGGUCAUUGGUUUGCACGUAAAGGGGGUUUGGAUUGGCUCCCACUCCGUGAAGAUGUUGCUGAACAGUUAGAGGUUGCAUAUCGUAAUCAGGUUUGGCAUCGUAGGACGUUUCAGCCAUCAGGACUUUUUGCAGCUCGUGUCGAUUUGCAAGGAUCAACCCCUGGCCUGCAUGCUCUUUUCACUGGAGAGGAUGAUACGUGGGAGGCCUGGCUAAAUGUGGAUUCUUCUGGAUUUUCUAAUAUUGCUAGUUUCGCUGGUAAUGGGAUCAAGCUAAGACGUGGUUAUUCCCCAUCGAACUCACCAAAACCAACCCAGGAUGAGUUGCGUCAGCAGAAGGAGGAGGAGAUGGAUGAUUACUGUUCACAGGUCCCUGUUCAACACUUGGUAUUUAUGGUUCAUGGGAUUGGGCAAAGGUUGGAAAAGUCUAAUUUGGUGGAUGAUGUGGCCAAUUUUCGGCAUAUUACAGAAACUCUGGCAGAGCAGCACCUUACUUCACACCAACGUGGCACUCAAAGGGUCCUCUUUAUCCCAUGUCAGUGGAGAAAAGGAUUGAAGCUUAGUGGUGAAAGUGCCGUUGAGAAAAUAACCUUGGAUGGAGUACGGGGACUGCGAGUCAUGCUAAGCGCUACAGUUCAUGAUGUGUUAUAUUAUAUGAGCCCAAUCUACUGUCAAGACAUAAUUGACUCGGUAUCAACCCAACUAAAUCGGCUGUAUUUGAAGUUUCUCAAACGCAAUCCAGGAUAUGAGGGAAAGGUUUCAAUAUAUGCUCAUUCUCUGGGAAGUGUGCUUUCCUAUGAUAUUCUUUGCCAUCAAGAAAAUCUGUCCUCUCCGUGUCCAAUUGAUUCAAUGUAUAAGGAACAUUAUGAGCAUGAAAAUCCUCUUCUCACUGUGAAGGAUCAUCGUUCUGGGAGCUACUCAUCAAGUCUUCAGAAUGAUAUGAUGAGCAUAGCAAGUCUGUCUGAUGAAAAAAUGACUGCCAAUCAGACCCCUUUAGAAAUGGAGGCACAAUAUUCUGGGGACUCCUCGCUUUUAUGUCCUACUUUACCAAUUGUACACAAAUAUGCUAUGGAACAUGACACUCAGAAACCAGAGCAUGAGAGUGAUGUUCAUGAUUUCCUUGCUGAUUUGGGUAAUGCACCUCAUGAGAAAACUGAAGCAUUAUUGAAGACCGAGAAUAUGAAGGCCAGGAUUCCUGCUGAUGGUUUGGAGAGAUUGAAUGAAGAGGAACAUGAGAAUAUAAGCAACAAGGAUGAAGUAAUCAGAAUGCUCAGGGAAGAGGUUAAUUCAUUGAAAACCAAGCUUGUGGAACUUGAAUCACAUGGUAGCAGCCAGCAUUCAAAAGAAGACCUAGGUUCUGGGAAACACUCAUAUGAGAAGUUGCCUUCAGCAGAAGAUGCACCAAAGAGUUACACCCCUUAUAUCAAAUACACAAAGCUCCAAUUCAAGGUUGAUACAUUCUUUGCUGUUGGUUCCCCUCUUGGAGUGUUUCUUGCCCUUCGUAAUAUCCGUAUUGGCAUUGGAAGAGGCCAAGAAUAUUGGGGGGAGGAGAAUAUAAUUGAACAGAUGCCAGCAUGCCGCCAGAUGUUCAACAUUUUUCACCCCUAUGAUCCAGUGGCUUACAG